UUCAAUAACAUGGUUUACUACACAUGUUAAAGUUUACUACGAAAACAGUUGUGAAUGAAAUUUUAAGUACGUACCAACAUGACAUCGUUAUUGUUAAUGACUGGAACUGGUGUAGCUGCAACAAUACUUUUGGUUUUAAUUGUGUUGAUAAUGAACAGACGUAGACCGAAAAGUAAUGUUCCUCCAGGAGUUGUUGUACUGUAUCAGAUAGGAAGGGGCAACUUUGCGCCAAGUAUCUCACCAUUCCCGCUGAAAUUAGAAACAUUCCUCAGAAUGACAAAGAUUCCGUAUAUGAAUGAUCACAGUGGCAAGUUUUCAUCAAAAGGCAAAACACCUUGGAUGGAGUACAAUGGAAAGCCAAUAGCUGACUCGCAGUUCUGUAUAGAAUAUUUGAAGAAAGAGAAAGAGGUUGACGUAAACACACACUUGAAUAAAGACGAGACCAGUGUAGCCAAAGCUUUCCAAAGACUAACAGAGGAAAACUUGUACUGGACAAUGUGUAUUGAAUCAUUUGGGGGAGACGUGUCAGCAGUAUCAUCCACCAUACCUUAUACUGGCCUUAAAUUAUGGUUAACGGUAAAGUUUUUAAAGCGAGUAAUAAAACAGGAGACAUGGGGACAAGGAAUUGGGCGACAUACACCCGACGAAGUAUGGGAAAUCGCUGUCCAUGAUAUGACUGCUAUUAGUAAUUUCCUAGGUGUAAAGAAAUUCUUCAUGGGUGAUGAGCCUUGUGAAGUUGAUUGUGUAUUGUUUGGUAUGUUGGUCAUGAUUAUAUACAACAUGCCUGGAUCAAAACAUCAAAAACUUGUCACAGAAGAACUUUGUAAUUUGGUUUCAUAUUGUGAGCGAAUGAAAAACAAAUACUGGCCGGAUUGGAAUGACAAGCUUCUACACAGUCCUACGUAUAAAGAUGAUAGUGAUAAAAUCUAUUGGCAUAAAACAGAAAACUCUACACAUUCGUAGCAAGGACCGAACAUGUGCAAUUGAAACAAUUUUUGCAAAGGAUAACCUCAUUGACAUGUUCAUUCUUAGUCAUGAACGUCUAGAUAAUUUUUUGAUGGUUUAAAUACAACUUGUUAAUGAGGUAGCCAAUGGAAAGAUGAGGCAUUACAUAUUUUCUUGGAAUUCGUUAUAGAUUUUAGAAAGCAUUUUAAAAACUGCAAAAUUUUGAAUCUCUCAAAAAGAUGUUAUAUUUUGUAUGUGCAACUAAUAUAGAAAUCAAACCUAAGAAUGCAGAUUGUACAAAUGUAAUCAAUUCAUAUAAGUACGCCUUACCAUAUAUUGUGUUCUGUUGAUGUAUCGUUAUAAACUAUGUCUGUCAUAUUUGUUUUUUGUAAAUUGUUUUGUUAAUUUUCUCGUUUGGUUUGUUUCACAUUUCUCAUGUCGGGACCAUUUAAAGCCGACUAUACAGUAUGGGUUUUUCCCAUUGUAUGCGGGACGUACUGUGGCCAACACAUGCUUACAAUCACUUCAUUUUAAUUCUGGUGAACAGUGUGCAGUGUCAUUUGAACCACAUCUCUUCAUUUAUAUAUUGGUGACCAUUAUGAUACUUUAUUAAUUUCGUUCGUCCGAAGCACCUUUCUGUUUUUGCUUUCAUCAGGCACGCUCAAUUAUUUAAUCAUUCUUCACGCUUAUUUUCAAAUUUUUUGUUGCAAACAUGUGUCAUGCCUAUCAAAAUAAGUAUCAUACAAUUGAAAGCCUUUAAAUAAAAGAUGCAUAGGUAAUAUAUCAUCAUUACAUCAUUUCCCUGGAUAUAUUGCUAAAAAUCUUGAUAAAUCAUAUAAAGAUGUGCAGGAAUGUUGAA